AUGAAGGCUUAUGAAUUCGUGACGAAUACUCCUAUCAAACUUGAUGAGCACCGGGACUACCUCGUUGAUGAUGUUGCUCUUGUCCGCCCCAGUCGGCCACUGUCACCUCCGCUUAAAGUGACUGAGGCGUCAAGUGAAGUGAUGAUCGAGCGAUGUGUUGUUGUGCAGCGUCAAAGCGAUGGUUACGGUUUUACGGUAACCGGUGAUCAUCCAGUAUUCGUGCACACCGUAAAGCCCGAAGGAGCUGCUUUUUGUGCUGGCGUCCGUGAAGGUGAUCGAAUCCUAAAAGUUAACGGAAUGCCAGUGACCAGCAGUAACCAUUUGGAUGUUGUACGUAUGAUUUCAGGUGGUCAAAAUGUUGUUCUCACACUUUUGGGUUCUCCACCAGAACCGCUUGGAUUCUAUCCUAUCCCUGAUUCUAAGCUUGAUACGGGAUCGAUUCACGAUCCAGUACUUAUAGAGCAAAACCCUGCGAAGGAAGACUGGAAGAGAAAGCGAAAAGAGUUACUCAAUCAAAUGCUGGAUGAAGAGCGCAGACAUGCCGAGGUAGUAAUUUUUAAGCGAUGA